UGAAUGCAGCUCAAAGCCAGCUCACACUUGGUAUCUGCAGUAGUUUCACUUUGCUGUUCCCUAGCUUUUAUGCCCGUAUUUCCAGAGGCAUCAAGAAAUGGCAAAAUCAUUACCUACAGUAGCUCAGGCAGAUUUGGAUAGCUUCACCUUGACCAGGAUGGGCUCAGGCUUUGCGCUCAAAGCCUUUCAUUUUUCUUGGAACACCCACAUCUCCAUCAAGCUGCUGACCAGCCAGGACACUACAGAGAGAGAGUGGAAGUUGCUACUUCAGGAUAUAGCAAGCAUCAAGCGCUAUGAGUCUGAACGCCUCCUGGCUCCUCUUGGGAUUUACCAGUACCAGGGACUUGUGGGGAUAGUGACUGAAUGGAUGAACAAUGGAUCCCUCCACUCACUCAUCCACGAGCAUCAGCUGUACCCAGAGCUUCCAUUUCCCUUGCUCAUAAGGAUCCUGUCAGAUGUGGCUGAAGGGCUGCAUCAACUUCACAGCCUCGAACCUGCUUGCUGCCACGGCAGCCUGAAACCUUCUAAUGUGCUUUUGGACAUGCAGUACAGAGCCAAGAUAUCAGAUUACGGUCUAACCAACUGGAGGAAGCAGAAACUGAGGUCAGACUUGCAGAACUGCAAUCAAAGAAACUGCUGUGAUUUAGUGUAUCUUCCUCCUGAAAUAAUUGAAGGAGGCCUUCCUUCCCAGGAAGCUGACAUUUACAGUUUUGGACUACUGUGCUGGGAGAGCCUAAGCAGACAGAAACCUUUUGAAGGUCAAGCAACCCUGCUGGAAGUAUUGACAGGAAUCUGCAGCGGUGUGCGUCCCAGCCUUUCAGAAAAGUUUAUAUCAAGUGAUUUGCCUGAGAGGAACAAAUUAUUGCACCUCAUUGCUCUGUGUUGGCAUCAAGAACCAAACUGCAGACCAUGUAGUGCAGAAUGUGCAGACCUUCUAACUGGAAUUGUGGCUAGCAUAAAUAAGGAGGCAAUUUCCAGUGCAAUCUACAAUGUGAUGGAUGCAAAGGAGACAGCACUUAAUGCAUGCAAAGGUUCAGCAAUAUACACGUUGCAGACAGGCAUGUGCAAUUCAGAGGUUAUCUGUCCACAAAAACCCAAGCACUUAAUCAGCAAGAAAAUUCCUUGCAUGGUGCCAAGCCUGCCAUCUAUUCUACUUGACAGCAGUGCAUACAACGCAGGAAGAGAAAACACUGUCCCACAGAACUCAACAACAAAGAAAGAUCACCCAGGCUUGAACAGUAGAAAACCCACUUCUUUUUGCACAGUUCCUGCACCUUGUUUAGCUGCAGGCAAAGAAAGCAGUCAGCUUAAGGACAAACCACAACCUAGACAUCCUGAUAAAGCAGUGACAGAUCCGUGCUGCAAAGGCAGCUGCUGUCACAUACUAGCCUGCCAGAGACAGACCAUACUGAACUGCAUGACAGAAGGAUGCCUCAAUCACCUCCUCGAUGUCCUUCGCUCGCAGCAAAUGCUGUCCCGAACGGAUUAUGAAACAAUUUCCUCUUCUCCGACAGUGACUGGCCGUGCUCGGGCAUUGCUGGACACCUGCCUUUGCCUUGGAGAGAAGGCAGCACAGGUUGUAGUGACUGUCCUUUCAGCAACCAAAUGUAGUCCUCUGGCACAAGGCAGACACUGCCCAGCUGUCCUAAGGUAAAGGGGCUGUUGGUUGUCAUUUGCUUGUAGUUGGCUACAUGCCUUAGAGCCCUGGUAUUUAGGAACUGCAAUGAUUUGUACUGCUUCCUCGUAAUCCUUUGACUGAAGUCAAUUCUUCCUACAGCCCAGGAUUUCAGUCCUCCAGUGGAAAAAGCUGGCUGGAUCAAAAGAUCAAGUCAAGGACUGCCUGCAGAAAUUACCAGCACUGGUGUAACGAAUUCUUCAUUUGGAAAUUCUCCCUCAGAGAUGGGAGGAGUGCAAUGUGUGCCACAGCAAACGCAGCUCGAGUCAGAUGAUGCCUUAUUUCCUUAAUUUUUUACAACAGAGCAAAAAAGACCAUGACUUUUUGAAGGUCACACUCUGGAAUAAACAGCUGUUACUAAAUCCCUCCAAAUAAGGGUUGUAAACAACAGUUACUGGACAAAGAGGAAAGAAGUGACCUCAUGUCUAAGCCAGCUGUUAGAGUGAAAGUCGGAAGAAGAUCAAGAAAUAUUUCUUCAAUAGGGCCUUAAGUAAGACUGGGAAACUUUCUAUUUUGCAUAUAUUAUUUUGUUCUCACAAAUGCUCACAUGCUCUGAAAAUCAUAGAAUCAUUGAGGCUGGAAAAGACCUGUAAGGUCAUUGAGUGCUACCACGACCACUAAACCACAGCCAGAAGCACCAUACCUAUGCAUUUCUUGAAUGCCUCCAGAGAUGGCAACUCCACCACCUUGCUGGGCAUCCUCUUCCAACACCUCACCACUCUCUCAUGAAGAAUGUUUUCCUAAUGUCCCAUCUAAACCUCCCAUGGCAUGACUUAAACUCAUUUCCUCUCAUCCUAUCAUGAGUUGCAUGGGAGAAGAAACCAGCAUGAGCUUCACUACAACCUCCUUUUGGGUUUCUGUAGAGAGCAAUAAGAUAUCCCCUUAGCCUUCCCUUCUCCAGACUAAACAACCUCAACUGCUCCUUGUAUGACACCCUCCAAACUCAUCAGCCUCAGUGCCCUCCUCUGAACACGCUCCAGGACCUCAGCACCUUUCCUGUAUUGUGGCACUCUGAAUGGAGCACAGCACCCAAGCUGUUGCCUCACCAGGGCUGAGUACAGGGACACAAUCACUUCCCCAUUCCUGCUGGUCACACUGCUUUUGAUACAGGCCAGGAUGCCGCUGGCUUUCUUGGCCACCUGAGCACACUGCUGGCUCAUGUUCAGCUGGCUAUCUGUGAGCAUCCCGAGAUCCUUUUCCACUGGGCUGCUUUCCAGCCACUGUUCUCCAAGCACUGAUAGCAGCACUCUGGAGAGGUGGGGUUUAAAGGAUUUAUUAAAUGGAAAAAUGUUAAUACCUUACAUCCAGGUAGCUCUCCAAGUAUGUCUGCAGUUCAAAUGCAAAAUUAAACCAGGAAGAAGAGGUGCCAAGCUGAUCACUUGGAAAUGGUGGAUCCACUGACCUGUAAAGGAAGCAAUAAGAUUAUUUUAAUUAGAAUGAAAAAUGAGGUUAUAUAAGACACUGGGUUUUUUUGAAAGCAUUUGAGGGAUUCCUUCAAGCUUCACAGCACUGGAUGAAGAUGAGAAGCUGUUAGAAAAUCUACAUGUAUUUAAAAUGUAAAACCAUGUUACUCUGUUUACCUCUGAUGUUCUCUCUGCAGUUUCAAGCCAGGUGUUGAAUUCAGUGGUUUGGCUGGUUGCAAUUUAGUAUUUGGACAGUAAUAAGUUUUCUAGGCACACUUAAGAGAGAACAAAUUCAUUAUAUCACCUACUACAAAUGCUGCUGGAACCAUAAGCAAUUUUUUUUACACAAAUUGAAGACUGUCUUGAG